AUGCUCUGGUCUCCAUUAAUCAGUGGAACUGAAUGCACAGGAGAUGGAGGAAGGGGAAAGAGGCUUUCAAGAGAAAGCUAGGGAGCCAACAACACCCUCGUGACAGGAUUACAAGUCUAUAGAUUCCCAGUGGUCCAGGCUGAUAGAUGAGAGCAAUUUAGGAGCUGUUUGCGACUGAGUUGAAACAUUCCUGCAGAAACACUUUUGGCUAAGGAGCCAUGGAGCCAGGAGAGAUUCGCCCUCAGCAGAAAAGGCAAGUGCUGCUUUUCUUUGUUUUCCUGGGAGGGUCUUUGGUGUGUUCAGAGCCCUGGCGCUAUUCUGUGGCAGAGGAAAUGCAGAUCGGCUCCUAUAUAGGCAAUGUGGUGAAAGACAUAGGUUUGGGUGUGGAAGACUUGGUUGUGCGAGGGGCGAGAGUCAUCUUUGACGACUAUAAACCAUAUUUACAGUUGGAUCAGCAGACUGGCAACUUGCUCUUAAAUGAGCAAUUGGACCGGGAGGCACUUUGCCAUCUCAGAGAGCCAUGUAUAUUGCAUUUCCAGGUAUUAUUUGAAAAUCCUUUACAAUUUUUUCGGGCUGAACUUUGGGUUAAAGACAUAAAUGAUCAUACCCCUGACUUCCUAGACAAACACAUACUUCUGAAAAUCUCAGAAGGUACUGCUCCAGGAACCUCAUUUCAAAUGGACAGUGCUCAGGACUUGGAUGUAGGAAAGAAUGGUGUCCAAAACUACACAUUAAGUCCCAAUCCUUAUUUUCACCUUAAAUUACAAGACAGUGAUGACGGCAGAAAAUACCCAGAGCUGUUGCUGGACCAAUCUCUGGAUCGAGAAAAGGAGCCUGAGUUUAGAUUAACGCUAACAGCCUUGGAUGGCGGUUCUCCGCCUAGGUCUGGAACUACACUGGUUCACAUUUUGGUUUUAGAUAUCAAUGACAAUGCUCCAGAGUUCGAGCGGCCUGUCUAUGAGGUUCAGGUACCAGAAAACAGCCCUGUUGACUCCUUGGUCGUCAGGGUGUCUGCUACAGAUUUGGAUGCAGGAAUAUAUGGAGAACUAUCUUACUCAUUUUCCCACGUCUCCACAGACAUACGGAAAACAUUUGAAAUCCAUUCAGUUUCUGGUGAAAUCCAUUUAAAAGCGCUUCUGGAUUUUGAGUUAAUUCAGUCAUAUACAAUAAAUAUUCAGGCCAUUGAUGGGGGUAGCCUUUCCGGAAAAUCAGCAAUUUUAGUUCAGGUUGUGGAUGUGAAUGACAACGCACCAGAAAUAGUCAUGACAUCUCUUACCAGCCCCAUACCUGAAAAUUCGUCACCUGAAAUGGUGGUCGCUAUUUUUAGCGUACGAGACCAAGACGCUGGGGACAACGGGAGGAUGGUGUGCUCCAUUCAGGAUGACCUCCCUUUUCUCUUGAAGCCUACCUUCAAGAAUUUCUACACCCUGGUAACAGAGGUACCACUGGACAGAGAAAGACAAGCCGAGUACAACAUCACCAUCACCGUCACCGACUUGGGGACGCCCAGGCUGAAAACCCAACUCAACUUAACCGUGACGGUGUCCGACGUCAACGACAACGCCCCCGCCUUCAGCCAAAGCUCCUACACCCUGCGGGUCGAGAACAACAGCCCCGCCCUGCACAUCGGCAGCGUGAGCGCCACCGACAGAGACGCGGGCGCCAACGCCCAGGUCACCUACUCGCUGCUGCUGCCGCCCCACGACCCGCACCUGCCCCUGGCCUCGCUGGUGUCCAUCAACGCGGACAACGGGCAGCUGUUCGCGCUCAGGGCGCUGGAUUACGAGGCGCUGCAGGCGUUCGAGUUCGGCGUGCGCGCGGCCGACCGCGGCUCGCCCGCGCUCAGCAGCCAGGCGCUGGUGCGCGUGCUGGUGGUGGACGACAACGACAACGCGCCCUUCGUGCUGUACCCGCUGCAGAACGGCUCGGCGCCCUGCACCGAGCUGGUGCCCAGGGCGGCCGAGGCGGGCUACCUGGUGACCAAGGUGGUGGCGGUGGACGGCGACUCGGGCCAGAACGCCUGGCUGUCGUACCAGCUGCUCAAGGCCACGGAGCCCGGGCUGUUCGGCGUGUGGGCGCACAACGGCGAGGUGCGCACGGCCCGGCUGCUGAGCGAGCGCGACGCCGUCAAGCACAGGCUGCUGGUGCUGGUCAAGGACAAUGGCGAGCCGCCGCUGUCGGCCAGCGUCACGCUGCACGUGCUGCUGGUGGACGGCUUCUCGCAGCCCUACCUGCCGCUGCCGGACGUGGCGGCGGCCGAGGCCCGGGCCGACCCGCUCACCGUCUACUUGGUCAUCGCCUUGGCGUCGGUGUCGUCGCUCUUCCUGGUGUCGGUGCUGGUGUUCGUGGCGGUGCGGCUGUGCAGGAGGAGCCGGGCGGCGUCGGGGGGCGGCUGCGCGGUGCCCGAAGGCCCGUUUGCGGGCCACCUGGUGGACGUCAGCGGCACGGGGACCCUGUCCCACAGCUACCAGUAUGAGGUGUGUCUGAGGGGAGGCUCAGGGACUGGCGAGUUCAAGUUCCUCAAGCCAAUUCUCCCCAGUUUCCUUGGUCUGGGUGAGGAGAGGAUUAGUGAAGGAAACCCCAAUUUCAGGGAUAAUUUUGAAUUCAAUUAAGUAUUGAUACGGGUCUACUGAGCCUAGUCUCAGUUAAUUUGUGGAAAGUCCUUUCUUACUGCCUUGCUCACUGGGGUUCUUUUUAUUUGGUAAGUAGCUAUCCUAUUCCAAUUUAGUGCAUGUUACUGGUGUUUCUAAAGGUGUUCAUUUGUGGUAUAAGGAAUGCAAAUUUCCUUUGUUUUCUUUUUGUUGAUUAGUCUCACUAUAACUUAAUUCAACUUAAAGUGUGAAAGUAAAUUUUGUAUUUUCGGAAGUCUUUAAUUUUUAAGUUAGACCACCGUUUUCCAAACUCACCUACCACAGUUCCUAGGUAAUUUUGCAGAACUUAAAAUUUAAAACAUCUUUUUAAAUGUUUGCAAUCGCUACACAAGCUUAUUCCUUUUCCAACCCAGAAUAUUUGUGUUUGUAUGUUCUUUUAGACUAGUAUAACUUCUAUUCUGUUUGCUCACGUUGACUAAAACCAUUAAUAUAUGUGUAUUCUUUAAUAACAAAACAACAUCUCACAUUUUUCUAAAUAUGUACUUCCUUAAAGUGUCCAUAAAUGAAGAUUAUGAUUUCUUAGAGAUUGUGACAACCUUGACUGCUGGAUUCUACAAACCAUUCACAUCAAUAGUGCUCAGUCAACUACUAAUAUUCUCAAAUGUAGUUAAAUAAAUAGCAUGUGUCCAGUUGUUUUUAAAGCCAUGUAAUUCUUCAUGCUUUCUGUUAAAAUUUUUUCUUUAAACCUCUGCUCAUUUCAAUUCCCCGUUAAAAGUUACCAGUUUUAGCAAUUACAACCCAUCUGUUAACUUUGAGCACAUCCUUAAAAUCCAAGAGAUAUGAGGAAAUAAAUCUAAGUCUUUGUUCUUGACCAAAUUUUAGAAACUUCAAAUGUUAGUUUGGCAUUGCAUUUUUCAAAAAUUUUGGAGCAUUUAUGAUUCCUUUGGAAAUAAGCCCGUGACUACUUCUGUUUUUCCCUUUUCAGUUUCCUAGGGUUUUCAAAGCUUUUUUUCUUUUUAGGUUCUUGAAUAUGUUUCUCAAUAGCUCCCCAUUUAUUGUAUGAUUAGCACAGUAACUGGAGGAUUAUAGGUUCUUAAUAAA